UUCACCUGCAUGGACUUCUUCUUCUUCCUGUGCUGCUCUCAAGUGUUUGCUCGAAACUGGGAAAGUCGCCCAGUCUUCAGUCUGUAGGUUGAACUACACCUGGGGGACGUCAGACGGGGACAAAUCAACCACAGCAAUGCGCUAGCUGUGCGAUAGCUGCUUCCGGAACACAACAACCUUCACACAGAAAAUCAAAAUGAAGACGGGGAGAUAACAUCGACUUUGGAUCAUCGCUUCGUUCUCACAGUUUGAAUGGAUUUUAGCUUUGGACAUAGAUGACCAGACACAGUUUUUAAGGAUAUAAGAGGACGCUGAUCAUUGAAGUUUGGACUGAUCUUCUUCAGCCAAUGGCUACAAUAGAAACCAAAGUUGCCGGCAGCGGCGGCACCGCGGGUCUGUCGUGGGCGCGGGUUUGUAAGGAGUGCGGCCAGCAGCACGAGGGCCUGGACUGCCACCUGUACGAGUACCAGGAUGAGGUGGACGAUGAACUGGUGUGCCACAUCUGCCUGCAGCCCCUCCUCAGACCUAUGGACACCCCCUGUGGACACACAUAUUGCUUUCACUGUCUCAGCAACUUCUUGAAAGAGCAGGACUUCUGCCCCGUGGACCGCCUGCGGCUGCAGCUGCAUCAGUGCCGUCCCUCCAGUCUGCUGGUCAGGAACCUGCUGGACAAGCUGACUGUAACGUGCCCCCACUCUGCAGAGUGUCAGCUGCAGAUGCAGCGCUGCGAGCUGCAGCCUCACCUGCACAACAGAUGUCCUGUUUUUAGAAGACUGAGGGAGGAAGCAGAGAAGAGGAAGAGGCCCUCGUGGAAUGAGCUAAAGGGGCGUAAGGGUGACGGGGAGUCGUCUGGUGAUGCUAAACAUUCAACAACACUGUCCCGAAAUCCCGCCAGAGAUCAGCCUGAACCGGGGCUCAUUAAUCCUGCCUAUGAAGAAAGUGAGGAAGACAACACCCCCCUGCGGUCCAGUCUGGUGGCCGAGGCCAACGUGGUGGAGCUGUUCAGAGAGGAGCCGGAGGAGGAGCUGGGCCUUCGCAUCGUCGGGGGGAAAGACACGCCGCUGGGGAACAUAGUCAUCCAGGAGAUAGUCCGGGACUCGCUAGCGGCUCGUGACGGCAGACUGGCCCCAGGGGACCACAUCUUAGAGGUGAAUGAUGUCAGCCUGGCUUCAGUCCCCCACGCCCGGGCCAUCGGCGUGCUGCGACUGCCGUCCCUCCUCAGGCUCACCGUUAUGCAGGAGAAAGGCUUCAAGACCAGGGAUACACGGUCAGAUCAUCACCCUUCCACCGCCUCCCAGCCCUCUCCCAGUCCCCACGGCAACGCUACCUCCAAUCACAACCCCGGGGCAGUCCUGCAGGUGACGCUAAUGAAAAGCCAACGGUCCGAACCGCUCGGCAUCAAACUCAUCCGCAAAUCGGACGAGAGCGGGGUUUUCAUCCUGGACCUGCUGUCAGGCGGUUUGGCAGCCAAAGAUGGAAAACUGAGGAACAAUGACAAGGUGUUGGCCAUCAACGGACAUGACCUGAGGCACGGUACACCUGAGAGCGCUGCCCAGAUCAUACAGGCGAGUGAAGUGCGUGUGAACUUUGUGGUGAUGAGACCGGCAGAGACUCAGGAGGAGGGAGGAAGCAGCAGAGAGGGACAACACGGCCGAGCAGCCAGAAGGGCGCCGGAGCAGCAGUACUUUAGGCGCCAGUCCACCUACAUGAAGGAUCCUCCAGGAGGGUUUUCUAGCCAGGAGAAGACUGUGAGCAUGAAGAAGGAGCCUCGACUCUCACUGGGCAUCACGAUCGCCGGGGGGAGGGACUGUCGCAGCCGUCUGCCCGUUUACAUCACGAGUGUGCAGCCUGUCGGCUGUCUUCACCGAGAUGGCACCAUCAAAAGAGGCGACGUUCUGCUGAGCAUCAACAGUGUCGAUCUGACCCAGUUGACCUACAACGAGGCCGUCUCUGUGCUGAAGGCUCAGACAGCUCAGUCCCAGGUGGCGCUGCGGGUCAUCCAGACCCUCUCCGAGGACUCAGACGAGGACACCGAAGCCGCUAACAAGGACGAACUGGACGCUGUGGACGACCCACGAGACGACGCCCUUAACUGGACGCCGCUGUGGACUCGCUGGCUGGGAUUACCAAGUCCCAUGCACUGGUGCCGGGACAUCGUCCUGCAGAAGACCAACAACGAGAGCUGGGGCUUCAGUAUCGUCGGCGGCUACGAGGAGAGCCACGGCCAGCAGCCUUUCUUCAUCAAAACCAUCGUGCCUGGUACACCUGCUCACUUUGACGGACGCCUCAAGUGCGGUGAUGAGAUCGUGGCAGUUAACGGAGCCACAACAGUGGGAAUGAACAACUCCUCUCUCAUCCCCAUGCUCAAGCUGCAGAAGAAUAAAGUCACUCUGACGGUGGUGUCCUGGCCUGGGAGUCUGGUGUAGCAAAACACACCCGCACAUUCACUCUCUCUUCUUUCUGGCACCCUCUUUAAUUGAUCUUCGCCCUGUUCGGCUGCAUUCUUGACUGGGCCACUCACCGACCCUUCCACAUGUAACUAGGUUACCUUGUUCAAUCAAACACAAAAGAUGUGUCCUAAAGAAACAAUGUGUACAAAGUGAAUGACUUUCCAGAGCGUGGUCUCAGCGGGGACGUGCUUGUUUCAAAGAUUAUUGCACAAAAUGGUUUAACCCGCAUACAAAAAUGAUGACAAUCACUGAAUUAUAUCCUAAAGACAAACUGGAAGGAUGCUUGUUUUUUUUUUGGAACACAUUUUUUUUGUUUGCUUUCCUGUUAAAUAAUGUUAUCAUUUGUGUGAUUCACAUAAACAGCAUCCAAAGAUGAAAUGUAGCGCUUACGGUAUAUUUAGACGGUUGUGAUGAAAAACUAUACAUUACUACAUAUAACUAAACGGUUGAUGACUGUAGAGACUCAUGCCAAAGACAGAAAAAUCAUCCUGUCCUGUAGCUUUUUUUACCACUAGUGUGAUUUUAUCAAUUUUAUUUACACUUUUAAAACAGAAUGAUGAAGCCGUGACGGAAAAUCAAGUAAAUUGAGGAUAAAAUCAACAGCUGCAGCUACAAAAAGAGACUUUGGUUUUAACAAAAAAGCCAAAGACCCACAGUAACCUUCGGUUUGACACAUGUGCAGUGUAAAAAGGGGGCUUAUAAGGAGUCAGCAUACUGUGAGCUGGUCUAUAGGAGCAAAUAAUUCUGUGAUGAAUGUUUGGUUUUAAUCAAAAGUGUUGUUAAUCUAUAAACAAGACAUUCAGCAGACAUGUCCACUGAUCAGUUCUUUGUAUUUAUUUAGAAAUCAUAUAAUACUGAAUGAGUUUGAUAAGCGGGUGCCUUGUAGACAUUGAAGGACAAACUAUAUACUUGCCUUAAAUUUCCACCAACAUGUGUUCCCCCUCAUUAUUCACUCUCAUUAUAAACAGUUUAUAGGAAUUUCAAAGGCCUUGUUCAGAUAGAUUUGUGUUACAUCGUAUUUUUUUGUGUCAACACAUUCCCAGUGGCCUUUUCUUGUGUCUUCAUUGAGACAAGACUUAUUGAAUAAUUGAGAAUAUCAUUUCAGAAUUAGUUUUUGAGUCAGAGUGGCUGUGAUUAUAAACAGUAUAUACAGUAGGUAAUAUGUGUAUUAAUCAUUAUGUUCAAUAAAAUCAUAAGAAAUCAU